CCUACCAUCCAUGCAGUGUGACGUAGGGAUACAAGAGACCGCUAACCGAGUGACUCUCACCCCGAGAGAAGCUGACGGUUCGGCGUUGUGCGCACCCCCUCCAGCAGGCAGGCUGGCUGCCAGGCUUGCCUCGAGCCGGAGAUGGCGUCCCUCGGCGCGGGGCUGCACUUCAGCCGCAGGCGGACCAUGGGCAGGAGCGCGGCGGUGGAGAGGAGGAACCUGCUCACCGUCUGCCGGUUUUCAGUGAAGACUCUCUUGGACCGGUCCUGUUUUGAGAGCAUGGAUGACUCAUCUGGAGAGUUGGUCAACUUUGUGUCCAUCUUGGAGCAUAUCCUCAACCAUCGACUAAAAGGUCAGACACUGUGGUUUGGCUACGAGAGUCCUCGGAGUUUUUGGGAUUUCGUCAAAGCCGCCUGCGGUAAAGUCCCUCAUAAUUGCAUCCGAAGCAUCGAGAGUAUGGAGAAUGUACGGUCAUCCAAAGCUAAGGGUCGAGCUUGGAUCAGAGUGGUUCUUAUGGAAAAGAGAUUGUCUGAAUACAUCUCGUCCGCGCUCAGGGACCUUAAAACGACCAGGAAGUUUUAUGAUGAUGGGGCGAUCAUGCUGGGAGAGGAGGCGGGGCUGCUGGCCGACACGCUCAUUGGACUUAACACCAUUGACUUCAGCUUCUGUCUGAAAGGCGAGGGUCUAGAUGUCGGCGGCCUCUCGGUCAUCGACUACACGCCUUACUUGAAGUUCACUCAGAGCGCAGACAGCAUCAGCAGCGAUGAGGAGGAAUUGCGCACCCUAGGCAGCAGCGGCAGCGAGAGCAGCACCCCAGACAAGAUGGCCACGGCUGCCUCCAUCUUCACCGAGCAGAGCAACUUGGUCAGCAAGUGCAAGCGCUUUGAGCAAAAGUAUCGCAUGGCGCUGGAGCAGAAGACUUACCUGGAGGAGCUGGUGCGUCUGCGCGAGUCGCAGCUGACGGAGGCGUCGUCGCAUCACAAAGUUCUUGAGCAGAACCUGGUGGACAUGCACUUGGCUCACUCGCUAGAGAAAGAACAGCUGGAGUUUAUCAUUUUGGAACUGCAGGAUCAACUGACUGUAUUGAAGAACAAUGACUUGCGGUCGCGACAGGAGCUGACAGCCCACCUGACCAAUCAGUGGCCGUCUCCUGACACUUUGGACGCCAACGCUGUUGCCUUGGACACGCUGUUGUACAGGAAGAGCCCCGGACAGUGGGAGGACAAGAGCCUUCACAAUCUGCCUACGGACAUGAGCCUAUCACAGAUGUCACAUGCGCUGACGCUGGAAGCCAAACAACACUGGCCCCGCCAAGGAAAAGAGCAGACGCCGUCCCUCCGAGGACUCUGUGGCUCUCUCACCUCUGUCAACAGUUUCAGGUCUUUAGCCAGUCUGAGGUCCAACGAGUGUCUAGCCAGUCCUGCCGCUGAGGUCAGCAGUCCGGGCUUCACCCCAACGUAAGGCCCCACGCCACAAUUCAGCCAGCCAUACUCUCAAGAGUACUAUUAUGUUGUUCUUUGUAGAAAUGUACAUUCUUAGUGAGCUUGCACUGAGAAGUUUCAGCUUUCUGUUGGAAUGAGCGCACUCAGUCAAGUGUUUUCUGACACCAUGUACAGUAACUUUAAUGCUUUAGAGACCUGAUUCAUGUGCCAACACCGGAAGAGUUGGUCUCCUCAAUGUCACCAAUUGUUUAUACAGGAUCAUCACUUUUCUCAUCCAUUACAUUAUCCUAGUUUUAACAUCUUUUGUUCUCAACUAUGUUUGUGCCUUUGUUUUCACCGUCGUACACAAUGCUGCAUUUUGUUCUCAGGUCAUGACCGCUUUGAUUGAUACGCUAGCCUCAGUUUAAUCAAAUGUUUUCCCUUUAAUUAUUUAGAUUCCACUGCAGUAAUUUACUACUUUGUCUUGUGGUAAUUGUGAUAAAACUGAAGUCAUCUCUA